AUGGCCUCGACUCAUGAGAGCUCGUCGAACACCGACGAAAACCAAGACCCAUUCGAGUAUCUGGGUUGUUCCAACUGUACCGAUGACUUCUCCAGUCAUCGUGCCUCUCAUUCCUCUCACAAACCAAAAUCGUUCUGGUUAAUGGAGUGCGGUCAUUUGGCUUGCACGCCCUGUCUAGGCCACUCUAAUCCCACCCAAGUCGACCCAACCCAGCACCAUCGGUGUCCAAUCCCAUCAUGUCGUGGCUUUCGCUCGGCAGUGUAUGAGCUCAACCGACAGAAACCGAUCCACCCGGCGAUCAAGGAGUUCUUCGAAAGUCCCCAUUCGAUGACUGAACGGCUGGACUCAGUCCUCUCCUUCCAAAACCGACAGAUGAGAAUGAGGAUCAGAAACUUGAACCAUCUCGUCCAGGUCCAGCGACAAGCCUUGCGCCAAAACCAGGCCAACUCAGACCAGGAGGUGCCGAUCCUUAAGCACCAGGUCCAUGACCUUAGGCUCCAGCUCCGUAACCUCAAACUGCAACUCCAGCAGCGUUCACCCAGACCCGCUCAUCAGCUUCCUAUCAAUCUGGAUCAACUCGACCAGCAGGCCUCUAAACCGCUCAAGCGUCGAACUACGCUAGAUGCACACCAAGGACAUCGAGCCCCAGGAAUCAUAGCCCGCGGAGCCAGAAGGAGCUCGUUCCAACAAGAGGCUUUCCACGACCGGCACAUUCCACCGCAAGCAGCUCCAUUGAUCAGUCGUCCACAGACUGCAACAAGUUUCAAUUCCAACACGGCUGUCCAGAUCCCCAGGACUAUCAGUCGUGGAGCCAAUCCGGAACACCCAUUGGCUAACAUGAGCCAUGGGAACGCUCGAUUGAAUCCUAACCGACGACAGAGGACCGGGGAAGAUGUGCACCAGAUGGAAUACUUUCCGAGCGAUGAUCGACGGGUUUACAACCAGCAAUUGGGGGCGAUCCCGGAGGAUGAAGACCAGGGAUUUGAGGAUCAUCAACCACGGGUUGCAAUGGUGCCGAGCCGGCGGGAGCCGAUGCAAGAAAGUGUGGGGGGAGCCGCGAGAUCGGCGAGUCACUUGCGGACAAAACAAACCUCCCGGAUACCGCUCGAGCCUCGGAACGCACAUGACCCCAGAAUCAGACCGAUGCCGAUGCCCACUCCCUCGCGAAUAGCCCCGACGUCCAACAGAGUCGGCCAGCCUGUCAGACGACUGCAGGAGGCUGUCCAACAACCGCGACGCGCUGCCAAUCAAACCAUGAACAUUCCCGCGAGACUCGAUCUUCGCACGGAGACCAACUCGCCUUUCGGAAGGUUCGUCUACCAUGAUGAGGAGCUCCAGCCUAAGGACGGAAUCGUCAUUCGCCCCGAUCCGCGCAAGCCCCGUCCCCAAAUUCCCAUCCCUAAACGCGCCCCACCCGAAUCCCUCGAGCAAGGAACACCAUCCAAACGUCUCAAUCCACUCGUCUCCCGUGGCCCCGUCCCUCCUCGGUUUCAGGUCGCCAGAGGUCCUCGCUAA